UGACUAAUCGAGACUGAUGGAAGGGUCACAAAAGUUCGUUUUUUGGCGCGAGCUGCAGCCGCUCAGGAAGAGAACAAGCGGCGGAGUUGUGUCAGUGGCGUUUGGAGUUUACAAAACAACAAGAAACAUUUCUUUAUCCCGGCUUGGGCAAUGGCUUGUGCUUACCGACUCUACUCUCCCCUCAUUUCGGUUUUCUAUUUAAUCUGAAAAGCCGGAAGUAUGCUGUAGUUAUGUUUGCCAGGCAGAUUCUUUAAAUUCCAUUUCUGGCUGCGGUAGAGUGUAAUGUCUGCAUUGUUCAACAGAAGCAGGAGAUGGCCCUGCUUUUCUUGCAUUAUGGAUCUCCUACAAGGGCUUCAGCUGCUCUGUGUGAUUUAUGAACUGCACCUAAACCACUGAAAUGCGUGCCGAAGACCUCCACAGAGAGCACAGCCAUGUUUUAAACCAUCUUCCAGAAACGAAUUAGAUGACGCCAGUGUCAUUCACAAUGCCAAUGCCUCCUGAACCAAAAGUUCUCCACACACCCAUUCCUGUACCCAUUUUCUUUAAUGAAGGGAGGACCUUCUCCUUAAAGAAGAGGGCGCCAGCCAAUGGCUCAUCUUCCACGGCAAAUGCCCUUUGCCAGUCUCUUCCUCCCCGCCCUCCUUCCAAGGGUUGUGCUCCUGUCAGCCGUAUGUUCCUCAACCAUGAGUACUCAUGGAGCCAUCCUCGUCCCCGUGGAGUCUCAUUCCGGAAGUCAGCUGAGCAGAACUUGUCUUUCAGUCAUUAUGACGAGAGCAAAAAGGAGUCUUACUUUCAGCAGUGUUUCCAGUGCAUCUGCAUACUGGGCAGGGGAUCAUUUGGAGAAGUCUAUAAGGUUCGGAGCCUUGAAGACGGACAGCUUUAUGCAGUCAAGUGUUCCAUGGAACGUUUCCGGGGUGUGGGAGACCGGCAGCAAAAGCUGCAGGAGGUGCUAAAACAUGAGCGCCUACCCCCUCAUCCAAACUGUGUUACUUUCAAGAAAGCCUGGGAAGAAAAAGGACGGCUGUACAUCCAGACUGAGCUGUGCCAGGGCAGCCUGCAGCAGCUGCUCCCAUCUAGUGAAGGUGAGGUCUGGGAUAUCCUCUCUGACUUACUUUGUGCUCUACGUCAUCUGCACAGUCACAACAUGCUCCAUCUGGACAUUAAGCCUGCCAAUGUUUUCCUGUCUACUUCUGGCCGGUGCAAACUUGGAGAUUUCGGCUUGGUCUUGGACCUAGGGGACAAGAAGGAUGGCAUGGAAGGUGAUCCCCGCUACAUGGCUCCUGAACUGCUGCAAGGAAAGUUUACACCUGCUGCUGAUGUUUUCAGCUUGGGUAUGACAAUUUUGGAACUGGCGUGCAACAUAGAAUUGCCUAAAGGAGGUGACGCCUGGCAGCAACUACGGCAGGGAUAUCUCCCCCCAGAGAUAACUUCAGGCCUGUCUCCCAUGAUGCUGAACAUUUUACAGAUGAUGUUGCAUCCCAAUCCAUCGAAGCGGGCCACUGUCUUCCAGCUCUGCAGCCUUCCAUUUAUCAGACGUAUCCUCUGGAAGCGGAAUCUGUCACUAAAGCUGAAGGAGUCUCUAAGAAGCAUGCAGGCUGCCAUCCAGUGGAUUAUGUCCCUGGUGUGUUGGUCCUGGUUCUCCCUUAUACCCCUACCUCCACGAUGGAAGCUCAAGCAGCCGGAGACACCUACUCGCAGUGAAAGCAGCUCCAGCUACAGCGACACACAGCAAGAUAGUCUCAAGGACGAGGUCUUCCAUUUCCCGCUACCCCAAUUAGAUGUUUCACCCAUCAUUCUGAGGAGUGGUUGUCAUUCUCCUGCCUUGCCAAGCAGAUUGUCACUGGGCAGCACCUCCACUCCGCAGCAUUUAUAUCGUGAAAUUGAUCACAACCACAUAGAGAGGUCUGAAGACUGUGGCCCGGACAUGAGCUGGAUUAGCGGUUCUUCUGAGAGCACUUCCCCUGUGCGGACGCCCUCUUGUAGCAGUAGCAGCAGCCCAAUGGGAGAUGACCUUAAUCACAGGAAGCAACGACGGCCAGGCUUUGAGCCCAAGAACCUGCUGAGCUUGUUUGAGGAGGCUUCCAUGGAGGAAUGAAGUGUCUCCUUUUUGACUUGUUUUGCACUGGAGCCAGAGAGACACUUGGAACACAAGUUCCCUUUAGGCUGUACCUGUUUUGCACAUCUGAUCCUUAAAAAG